AUGCCCUGUGGAGACCUCGACAUUGCCGCCCGGUCCCUGCCUCCUGCCUGUCCUCACCAAGAUUCGCACAGUCUAGCAGCCGCCACUGCUUCACACGAGUCUUCGCCUCUCGUUGCUCGCGACAGCCGACGAGGCUCUGCGUCUCACGAGACCAAACCCCCCCGGAGUUCAGGGUGUGCGUCAGGGCAUUCUGACAGUGUUCGAGAGCUCCUGCCCGACACCAGGUCUUCCUCUUGCGUCGUUCGCCGCGCGAAUUCCUCGGUUUUCCCUGCGCCGCGGACUGCAGCCUUCGGACCCGCAGCGCCAUCUCGCUCCCUUCCCGCGUCGCCCGUCGGCUCCGCCUCUGCUGGCGAGAGCAGCAGCCAGCCUCGCGAAGCCUCCGCCGAAAUUUCGCCGGUAGAACGGUCUCUGUUCAACUUCGUUCGCUUCGUCGUCUCCCUCGCUGUCCCUCCCGAAGUCCUUUUGCAGGCCACGGCGGCCCUCAGUCCCUCUGCUGCAGCUUCGCGUCCUCCCUCCCGGGUGUCUCCUGCUUCUGCCGGCUCGCAGGCAGCAGAGGAACCUGUCCGGUUUAGUUCCUGGUGUUGUAACUCCCCGCAAGAUGCAUGUUCUUCAGCCUCUGGCGCGGAGCCUCGAGAGGAGCGCCCCGCCCUCUCUCCUGGGCCGCCAGGCGGUGUCGCGGAAUGUGUCUCUUCUUUCUUCUCGUUCGAGAGAUCGUGCUGCGGAGACAGCACAGUCGUUGAGUCUUCUGCCUCCUGCCCUCCUCGCGGCCGAGACCAUCUGUGUGCUCUCUCCAGUGUCAUGUCGUCUCUCUUCUCGCCCUCUAGCUCCGCAUGCGCGGGGCAAGAGGGAGAGUCCGCGGAACGAAAGCCGGCGGACUCGCUCUUCCUGCCAAGCGGCGGGCGGGCGCGAGGCUCUCGAGAGGGUGCCAUCGACGGCGAGCAGCGAGACGCGCGCGGGCGAGGCUGA